GCGCAGCUGGGAGCUGAGAAGCGGUGCCGACUCCAGAGGUCGUGCGGUGGGCGCCGUCCUAGUGGCGGGGAGCGCGCCGCGGAGGGGACAUGAGAUCGGAGAAAUCCCUUACGCUGGCGGCGCCGGGGGAGGUCCGUGGGCCGGAGGGGGAGCAGCAGGACGCGGGAGACUUCCCGGAGGCCGGCGGGGGCGGGGGCUUAUGUAGUAGCGAGCGGCUGGUGAUCAAUAUCUCGGGGCUGCGCUUUGAGACGCAACUGCGCACCCUGUCGCUGUUUCCCGACACGCUGCUGGGAGACCCGGGCCGCCGCGUUCGCUUCUUCGACCCACUGAGGAACGAGUACUUCUUCGACCGCAACCGGCCCAGCUUCGACGCCAUCCUCUACUACUACCAGUCGGGGGGCCGCCUGCGGAGGCCGGUCAACGUGCCGCUGGACAUCUUCCUGGAGGAGAUUCGCUUCUACCAACUUGGAGAUGAGGCCCUGGCCGCCUUCCGGGAGGAUGAGGGCUGCCUGCCCGAGGGUGGUGAGGACGAGAAGCCGCUCCCCUCCCAGCCCUUCCAGCGCCAGGUCUGGCUUCUCUUCGAGUACCCAGAGAGCUCUGGGCCGGCCAGGGGCAUAGCCAUCGUCUCCGUGUUGGUCAUUCUCAUCUCCAUCGUCAUCUUUUGCCUGGAGACCCUGCCCCAGUUCCGUGCAGAUGGUCGAGCUGGAAGCAAUGGUGGUGGUGUGAGCAGAGUCUCCCCAAUUUCCAGGGGCAGUCAGGAGGAAGAGGAGGAUGAAGACGAUUCCUAUACAUUUCAUCCUGGCAUCACCCCUGGAGGAAUGGUGCCAGGGGGCUCAUCCUCACUAAGUACUUUUGGGGGCUCCUUCUUUACUGACCCCUUCUUUCUGGUGGAGACCUUGUGCAUUGUCUGGUUCACUUUUGAGCUCCUGGUGCGCUUCUCCGCCUGCCCCAGCAAGCCAGCCUUCUUCCGCAACAUCAUGAACAUCAUUGACUUGGUGGCCAUCUUCCCCUACUUCAUCACCCUGGGCACUGAGCUGGUGCAGCAGCAGGAGCAGCAGUCAGCCAGUGGAGGCGGGGGCCAGAACGGGCAGCAGGCCAUGUCCCUGGCCAUCCUCAGAGUGAUCCGCCUGGUCCGGGUGUUCCGCAUCUUCAAGCUCUCCCGCCACUCCAAGGGGCUGCAGAUCCUGGGCAAGACCUUGCAGGCCUCCAUGCGGGAGCUGGGCCUGCUCAUCUUCUUCCUCUUCAUCGGAGUCAUCCUCUUCUCCAGUGCCGUCUACUUCGCAGAGGCCGAUGAUGAUGAUUCGCUCUUUCCCAGCAUCCCGGAUGCCUUCUGGUGGGCAGUAGUAACAAUGACCACGGUGGGUUAUGGGGACAUGUACCCCAUGACAGUGGGGGGCAAGAUCGUGGGCUCACUGUGUGCCAUCGCUGGUGUCCUCACCAUCGCCCUGCCUGUGCCUGUCAUUGUCUCCAACUUCAACUACUUCUAUCACCGGGAGACGGAGCAGGAGGAGCAGGGCCAGUAUACCCAUGUCACUUGUGGGCAGCCUGCACCGGACCUGAAGGCAGCUGACAAUGGACUUGGCAAGCCUGAAUUCUCCGAGGGUCCCCGGGAACGGAGACCCAGCUACCUUCCCACUCCACAUCGGGUGUAUGCAGAGAAAAGGAUGCUCACUGAGGUUUGACCAGUGCAGGCAGGGCCUGCACGAGAAGGAUGGCACUGAGCAGACAAUCUCUUAGCCUUCCUUCUCAUUCUCCACUACUCUCACCCUGGCUCCAGUUGACUUCCUGACCCCUUCUCCUCCACCGAGUGGAUGGCAGCCUGGACUGUCAACCUUGUUGCUUGAUCCCUGCAGCAUUCAAGGUUUAUCCAUCUAAGUGACAUUUUUGAAAUUCUAAUGGUGCCACCCAUUCAUGCCCAUCUUCUGUCACAUGGAUGAGAUUUCCAUCUGACCUUCCCUCAAGACUGCUUUUUCAUGUCUGGGACUUGUAAUAUCUCUAGGAACAGAGAUGUCAACAGGAUGGAAACCAAGCAUACAUGGGUCCUGUUUCUCUCUUUAGCUUUGGGGCAUGCACCUGUCUUAGCUUCUGGCCAUGUGGUGACUAGCAGAAGCUGGAGGACAGAAAGAAUACUCAUCUUGCUGUUUUAUUCCAGUGCCCUGUAACACCCGCUGGUCAUUUUGCAGAAGACCCUCCGUAGAGCCUUUAGCUGCGCAGCCUCAAAAGAUGUUAUUCAUCUCUAAUAUUGGACAGAAUUAGAGAAACUACAAUUAAAUUUGGCCAUUUGGAGGACAUUAGAGUCAGUCCUGGACCAGAGGGGGCAAUGGAUUUCUCCAGGUGUGUUCUGGCACAGUAGACAUCAGCUUUUGGUCUGUGUUUAGUCCUCCCCACUCUGAUCCCCUAAUCUUUAGCUUCCAGGAAGGUUCCUUCUUAGAGCCAAAUACUCUCUUUGUGCAAGUGCCUUCCUGUGCAGAGGAACUGGAACAAGGGAACCACAGAGCCAGUAGAAAAGGGUGAAUAGAGUCAAGCAGUUGGCUUGACUGUGUUUGUGAAGAGAGGUACUACUUAGACAUUGUCAUCUUGAAGGGGCAGAGGAAUUUUGUUGCAGAAGGCAAAUCUCUCUCACUUGCUUUCCCCUAAUCCUCCCUAGCCCUCCACCCUUCUUCCUGGGGAUUUGACUUAGGAUUGCAGUUGAAGCCUUUCUAAAGCAACCUCCAGCUGAAACCCAGAGACAAGAGGGAGCACACGCUGGAUGCCAGCCUGGGUCUCUGCCCAUUUUAUGGGCAAUGAAGUAGGUGGUUAGAGUGGGAAGAAGCAUUAUUCCUUUGCUCACAGCCUGACUGUUGGAGGUUUUUUGCUGAGUCAAGCAAACAUUCGCUUGCUCUGACCCUCAGAGCUGCAGCCGACCUGUUCUCCCUGGUAAGGUAAUGUAGGGGUGGUACCACCGGGACUAAGCCAUCCUCUUCCAUCGUGAAACUGCUGCCUUCCAUCCCAUCGUCCACUUCCCCCCAUUUCUCUCCUAGUAGCAUCAUCAUUAGUUUGUUGCCUUGAUAAACUGUGAUGUACUGUUCUGAGCUCUUCUGGGUACAGUUCAGAAACCGAAAGGACUGUUAAUGUGUUUUUAAUUUUAUAUCUAUCCUUUAAGACUCUUUGAUGAGAAUUUUUUUAGAAAAAUUAUUUUCUUGAGCAACUUAUGAAAGAUGGCCUUUUGAGGGUUUUAUUGAGAGACACUGUGGCUCCUGUGAGUGCCAGAUCUAAAUCUGGAUUUUACCACAGUUUUACAGGGUAACUUUGGUGCCACAGUUCCUCCUUGUGCCUCAGUUUCCCCACUCAUUAAAUGGGAACAUAAUGUCUUCCCCUCCCUACCUCAUGGAGAAUGUCGAACUCACCUGGGAAGCUGGGAAUGAUGCUAUGCAAAUGUGUGAAUUUUAGACUUGACUUUUAGUUCAUUAUCCUCUUUCCCUAUCUCCCAAAGGCAAGGCCUCUCCCCAGAGGUCCUGCUUUGGAUCCAAAGUCCAAGAAUAGGCCAUUCUGGGCAUUAGCUCCUUAAAUCCCUCUUUAGUCUCUUCAACUGGGCCUCAGUCUUUCUUCUUACCCUUCUGCAAGGAGGAUACACUUUAGACAGGCUUAGCGGGCCAGGCUUCCAGGGCCAGAGGCCACCUUGAUUAGGAGUGUGGCUUCUCCAAACCUGAAAUACAGUAGGAGAGAGAGGAGUUCAUGAUUCAGAAGCUGCUCUGAGGCCAUCAAGUGCUGGUUUUCCAAAUCUGUUCCGUUACUCCUGGCUAUUUGGGGAAAGGAAGGACCCAUUCCAGAGGCAAAAGGGAUGCUUCCAGCUGAGGGUAACUGUUGGAACAGGUAUGCAUGUAUCUCUAUAUAUGUGCAUGUGAUCAUCCUCAUCACCACACCUAAUCAAACAUUUCCUUUUCAAGUCAGAGCAUGCCUGAAAGUAAGGGUUUGUGGAAAGCUGGGCUCUCCAGGGACUCUGGUUGCCGUAGCAACCUUCCAGACUGUUCUCUCUAUCUUCUGAUUUGGGCAGCAAGGGAGAACAGGAGACUACGUUUUCUCAGCUUCUGAAAUGGGAACACCUCCCACAUAUUGAUUUAGGGACUGCUAGUGACAGGACAGGGAUGUGUGACCUUCGGAAAAUGAGGGGGUAGCAGGUCGCCAAAACUUCCUCCCUGGCCCUUUCUUCCUGGUUUCCCCACCCAGUCAUUGAAGCUGCCUCAUCUCACCCCUGAUCCUCCAGAAACUUGAAUGCUAAGCAACUACCAGUUAAA